GUAUAUAAAUGGUGUGAGUGAUGCUGAUUUGUCCAGGGCAAUCCUUCCCACUAUGAGGCAGUCUUCCUGAACUGUUUGGGGGAAAAUAUAGCUGCCCUUUUGUAUGGCGAGUCUAAGUCAUUAAACCAGACUUAGCCAUUGUAAUUAGGCAGAGAUUGAAUAACAUUAGCAAGCCAGGGGGAAAGCAAGGGAGGAGACAGGUUUCCCCCCCCUAGUACCACUCUCAGAAGGCGAUUCAGAAGUCAUGGCUGACCACAACAAGGUAUUACUGCGUCCUCUUUUCCGCCGAGAUGUUAACUGGGAUCCUUUCCGUGAGUGGACACAGCCUAGCCGCAUGAUCAUGGAGAAGGACUUUGGCCUCCCUCCCUUCCUGGAUCCAGGCGAUGUGAACUGGAUAGACUGGGCUAGGAAUAAAUUGGCAUCAUCCUCCUGGCCAGGGUACACACACUAUCCCCUCUUCAUCCCCAGCACUGUUCCACCUGCUACAGUGCCACCCCAGACUUCAGCCAGGCUUCAGAGGCAACUGUCUGGAGGAGUGUCAGAGAUCAGGACGGAACAGGGCAGUUGGAGGAUCACCCUGGAUGUCAAUCACUUCUCACCAGAGGAGAUAUCAAUCAAAACCAAGGGAUGCUUCCUGGAGAUUGCAGGUCAACAUGAAGAAAGGGAAGACGAACAUGGAUCAAUCUCAAGGUGCUUUAUAAGGAAAUACAAGCUGCCCCCUGGUGUGGACUUGCAGCACAUCAGCUCAUCUCUGUCUGGUGAAGGGGUUCUCUUAGUGGAAGCACCUCUGCCAGGCUCAGCUACCACCAUCCUCCCCAGUGACAUGGUCAUCCCCAUUCAGAUCAAGCACGAGCAGGAGGGGAAAGAGUGAAUCCAGUUGACCAGAAGUUGUGAUCCAUCACAAUUAGAUAUAAAGCUUGGGGUAAAGCUUAGAAGCUGAUGACAGUGGUUAAGCUCGGGUAGAGCUUAGAAGCUAAUGACAGUGUUGACUACUUUUGACAAAAAUUUGAUUGUGUAUUCGGUCUUGGUCAUUCAAAAUGACAAACAUAGAGGCUUCUAUUGCUAUUGAAACCCUAUAACUUAAUUUACUCUCACUGUAACCACAAGGUUUGCAUGUUUUUCUAUGUAUUAUGGUAAAUCAACUAGCAAAACCAAGAUAAACAGAAAUAUUCAAGACUGAUGAAAUGUACUUUCUCAUUUGUCAAAUUAUAGAUUAUCUGGGAGUAAAAAUUACCAUGCGUAAGAAUGCUGGAACAGUUCUACAAAGCAUACAUUUCAAUGUUGCUAUUUCUAUGAAUAUAAUAUUUUUUGAAUAAAAGCAAUUAACAAUC